AAGUUAGAAAGGUUUAUAAUUUUUCAGUUAAAAAAAUGUCUAAAACUUUUGAAUCGCCUGAGGCGGGGGAUAGCGGUAUUGUGAUCGGCGGUUCCAGCUUCCCGGCCAAUUGGCGAGAUAUCGCCGGAUGGCGGGCUGACGGCGUUUCAUUCUCGUCUCCAUCAAACGAAGCAGUUAAGCUCUACGAUGCUCUCCUUCAUCAAGCCAUCUAUCAUUAUCAUGAUCCUAUGCUCGGGGGGUUCACAGGAACGAGUAAAUCCAUGUUGGCGGCGGAUCCGGAUUUUGCAAUGGGAAACAUAUUCACCCUUGGAAUGGAUUGCUUUGCAACAAGUCCACUGAAGAAUGCAGAACCUAGAAAGAAACUGAUUGAUUUUUCUGCAAAAGCCAAGAGCGAUGGAAAGCUGACGGAAUAUGAGCUGAAUCAUCUGAUCGCGGCGGAACUAAUGGCAGCGGAAGAUUAUUGGGGAGCUAUGAUCAAAUUCGAGGAAAUUUUGCGUCAAUUUCCCCGAGAUCCUUACGCACUCCAGAUGGCGUACUUUCUGGCACUUACAAUAGGUGAGACAAAACGCUUGAAAGAUAUUCCCUCCUCUAUAGUUGAGCAUUAUACUCCCAGUACUCCUUUCUACGGGCAUGUGUUUGGCAAGCUCUGCUUCGGCCAGGGAGAGAACUGUGAAUACGAGGCCGGGGAGAUUAGUGGUAGGAAAGCUUUGGAUCAUUUCCCUCUUGACAACUGGGCGCAUCACGCGCUUGCGCACAACUUUGAGGAAUCAGGACGCGCACUUCAGGGUCGUUUGUUUUUAAGUAACACUGCUCGUGAUUGGACCCAAGGAACAACCUUUUCCCACCAUAUUUGGUGGCACACCGCACUCUUCCACGUGCAACUGGGAGAAUUCGACGCGGCACUUGAUCUUUAUGAUGCAAGGAUUGGACCUAUGACUUUAAAAGAUGGCGGAAAUUUUCCCUUGUCGGAUGGUUCAUCUUUGCUCAUGCGUCUUCAUCUCGAGGGUGUAAACAUAGGAGAAAGGGCUAGGGAGCAGGCAACAGCUUGGACAAAUCAUAAUGAUGAUUUCGUCUCCUUGUUCUACGACGGACACAACGCCUUCAUGAGCCUGUUGGCCGGGGAUAGGAUGGCCUGCACCACACUCAUCAACAACAUGCAGGAGUACAUCAAGGGUGACAGACAAGGAUGGAACAAGGAUGUGACAGCUCGUGUUGGUGUACCCCUGGUAGAGGGUAUCACGCAUUACAUGGACGGAGAGUACAGUUCUGCAGUACAGACCCUGGCUCCCAUCAUGUCGGAGCUCCAGGGUUCUAUCCAAGGGAGUAGAGCACAGAAGGAUAUUUAUGCGCAAAUUCUGCUCCAUGCCGCAGCACGUUCAGGAGUGAGUUCUGAUCUCAAUCUAGCGGAGGAAAUAUUAACUAACAAACUUAAGGAAUCUAAACUAGAGAAACAUACACCACUCAAUCAAAGGUUCUAUGAACGAAUGAUCGCUGUGCAUCAGCAUUAAUCCUUCAAAAACAUCGUCCAAAAAUAUCGUCCAUGGUUGCUUAUUCGUCCAUUUAUACUUCAAACCAACUGAUCAGCGAUGAAAUGGAUAUAUUUCUUUAUAAAAAUUAGCUUUGAAAUGCUUAAUUUAUUGCAAUGUCAAUGCAUGACUAAUCGAUAAUUAUUUAAUGAUAAUUAAGUGACCUUUUUACAGUGAAUAUUUUCACAAUUAACUUUUACAAUGCAUGUGCUUAAAUUUACAAAAUAGUGUAUUCUUUUUCUCUUUGCCUUAUUUCUUGAACAUGAUCCAACAAUUUUUAUUUUAUUUCUUCUGGAAUUAUUUUUCUUUUUGUUGUUAAUUUCAAGAUCUGGCCUCCCCUCCCUCUGUAAAUUCAAAUUUUGACUCGAGGAGGUUUCCAACCACUCCAUUAUAACUUAGGAUAGACAUUUGCUCUUAAAGGGACUCUAAGCUCAAUUCCAAGUAAUCCUCCAUGGAAAGAUGACUAUGUUUGAUUCAUUACAGUACCCUUACCAACUUUGUCUGAUCAAUUUUUAUUGUCUAUGACGAUGAAAACUUAAAACUUACAAUUGCAAGUUCUUUACAAAACUGACUUGUGAAUUUCUACGGGAAGGAAAACAUAAAUGAAUUAUCAAAGUUGAACCCAGAAACAAAAUUAUCUUCAACAUUAUUGAUCAGAUAAAGAGAUAUAUCCGUCACCGUUAACGGAUAAAGGUAUGUCUGUUACCUUUAGCGAAUAAAGGUAUGACUGUCACCGUUAACGGAAAAAGGUAUUUCCGUCACCGUUAACGGAUAAUUGAUUGUACAGUUGUUAAUCAGACAUUGUCAUCUUUGCAUGGAGGGUUACUAGAAAUUACUCGUGCAGUCCCUUUGACACAUUUGAAAUCUUCAUGUACAGGGUUACAAAAAAGUCGUAAUCAACCCAAGUAUUAAUCCUAGGCAACCCCUAUAAAGUUGGCCUGAUAUUAAAUAGGUAUUAAACAAUACACCAGCAACAGAUUGCGCUAUUGGUCUCAACCCAAUUCUAAUUUUUACUCUUAAACAAUUAUAAAAUCAAAUGGUUUGUUUGGGCCUCCAUCCUGGGUGGUAUUUUCCAACUUGAGAAUUCGAAUAUUAAAGCCCCCCCCCCCCUUCCUCCUUCCGGUUUGAUAAAUUAAGGUCCUAAUGUAUGUACAGGCAACAUAGUAAUUGUCGGCCUUAAAGAAACACGACCAUAUGUUUAAACACAAAACAAAUUGUUGGUUUACUAAUAUCCUAUACCAGGGAUUGCCACCAUGGGAAUUUGAACAAGAGCAACUAUUGAUAUACAAUAUCCUUCAAACAUAUAAUAUAUAAACAUAAUACAUCCUUCGUUCUCACAUGAACAUAAUGCUUUCAUGUCGACAAUAUCCUUAAAUAUAACAUACACUUUUUGUUCUCACAUGAACAUAAUGCUUUUAUGUCGACAAUAGCCUUCAAACAUACAUUUUUGAAUUCAUAUUUAUUACAAUGUUUACAAACAUUUUUAAGCGUUUUGUCGAUGUUGAAAAUACAUUUAAAAAUGUUGAUUAUGAAUUUGCACAUUGUCCAAAAAAGUCUUUCAUGUGAAUAUAUUUUAUUCUCUUCUUAAUUUGUGCUUAUAUCGGUAUUAAGUGCCCAGAAGUAAUGUUUAAAAGACCCUCCAUUUAUAAAUUGGCAUGUUCGAUUCAAAAUGGUAUCCUUUAAACACCUUUCUCUUAAGGGUACCGUUGUUAAUAGGACUUGUAUUUUUUUAUUGUUGGGUCACUAGAAAUUACGUUUACUGUUCUAUGUGAUUAUAAUAACCAGUAAUUAAUCUACUUGGAUCUUAACUAGGGUUUCCAGCAAAACGGAGAAAUGAUUUUUCGCUUUGUUGGCUAAUGUUGCGUCAAUCUGCUCGCAAAAAAAUUUCGCGAAAAAGUUAAAAGUUAACAAAAUACGUAACAAAAUUUCCGCGAAAUUUCGCGCAAGUUUUCGUUCGCUGGAAAUCCUAAGCGAUGUGAUAAUGUGAUAAUGUCUCAUACCCCGGUGAAAUCUAUAUGAAGUGAUGUCCUUAUUAUUUUGUGCUUUUUCUGUGCUCUUUCCUUCCGUCUUAAUUCUAAACCCUGAUGUUGUCUUAUCUUCACAUCAAACUAAUGUAAAUUCUAAACCCUGAUGUUGUCUUAUCUUCACGUCAAACUAAUGUAAAUUCUAAACCUUGAUGUUGUCUUAUCUUCACGUCAAACUAAUGUAAAUUCUAAACCCUGAUAUUGUCUUAUCUUCACGUCAAACUAAUUUAAAUUCUAAACCCUGGUGUUGUCUGAUCUCCACGUCAAACAAAUGUAAUUUCAAUACCCUGAUGUUGUCUUAUCUUCACGUCAAACUAAUGUAAAUUCUAAACCCUAAUAUUGUCUUAUCUUCACGUCAAACUAAUGUAAAUUCUAAACCCUGAUGUUGUCUUAUCUCCACUUCAAACUAAUUAAAUUCUAAACCCUGAUGUUGUCUUAUCUCCACGUCAAACUAAUGUUAAUUCUAAACCCUGAUGUUGUCUUAUCUUCACGUCAAACUAAUGUAAAUUCUAAACCCUGAUGGUGUCUUAUCUUCACGUCAAACUAAUGUAAAAUUGAACGUAAGGUUGAAAUCCUAAACGUUUUCGAUCAAAACUCUUCUUUCUAAAGAGAUAUUGAGAAGAAGAAAAAUGUUUUUAAUUUCUAAUCUGUAACUGGAUAGAUUGCUUUUCUCAAACUUGAGUGUAAAACAAGAGGAGAUACCGAGGUUACAAAGUUGUGCCAGUUAUGUCAAAUAAAUUUGACCGCUUCUUCCAGGCUAGGUUACAAUGUCUUGCUCCAAAAUGAUCGUCUUAUUUUUGUCUUCUGUCUUUUAUUUGCCACGGAUAAUUAAAAUCUCCAUUUUCUUUAUAUCUUUUCAUUGUACAAUGUAAUGAAGACCACUUUGAAUUACUUUUACAUUUCAAUCUGGCUACGGUUCUGUGCAUUUGUAAAAAAUAUAUAAUUUUGAUAAAGUUAA